CUCCUGAAUAUCCGGUCACACACCUCUCUGUUACAUUCUCUGCUCCCUAUCCACACUGCUCUUCGUUUUUUUGACCAUAUAAGUCAUCCAGCAUGGCUACCAUGACGUGGGUGUGGUUGCUCUUGCUCUCGGUGCUGCAGGUUGUUCGAAGUGAUGAAACAGCCAGAGGUAAUUGGAUUGUGCCUGACGGAAGCAGCGACAAGGACUUCCAAGAGACCUUCUAUAAUAGAGACAAAGUGCAUCUCCAAUGGGCCGGCUGGGACCAUUACUACACAGAUAUAUUGUUGAACGGCAGCACCCAAGCCAAUCUGUACGUGGUUGCAUGGGAGGAAAAAGAUGCCAACUAUUCCAGACUUCUUGCGUCUUCGCGGAACGUCUCGGGCCCUGGAUCACACGAGUGGGCAAUCAGCAUUGACAACGAAACCCUAGCAAAGACCAACAGGUACUGUGUUGCCUUUGCGCAAACGCGCUAUGCCUAUUCCGACGAUGGGGACAACAUCUUUUCACCAGGAUUCAUCAUUCGGAACAGGCCGACGCCCUCACCGACACCAAGCCCGGAAGCCGAAUCAUCGCCCAGUGGGCUCCAGACCGGCGCCAAAGUUGGAAUCGGUGUUGGCGUGGGAGUCGGCAGCCUGGCUGUGUUUUCUGCGUUUGGAUUUCUCCUUCUCCAGCUUCGACGACGACGUCAGGCAUCAUCACAAGCGAUGGCUGCAAGCCCGCAGGGUGCUGGUCCGGGUUCAGAACAAGCACUGGGCAAGGGCUACUACCAGGGACAGAUGUGGAACAGGGACUACUACUAUGGUGUUAACCAGGGGCCGCCGGAGCUUGAUGUACCGCCGGUUGACUCCCUCACUGAGGCACCAUCAACGUCUACGCCACCGGCUGAAUUACCAACAGCACCCCUCGAGAAGUAAUAUGGAGGAAUACUUUGGUUAAAGUUUGGCGGUUGCUUACUCUGGCUGAAUGUAUUCGGCCAGGGAGCGUGUAUAAUAAGUAUAAUAAAACAGCUAUCGGCAUUUAAUAGACAGCAAAUUGAAUAUCACAGGUUUCAAAGGCUGCCCG